AUGAAAGAUGACGACGCUAUUGUAGCUGCUGCCGUGAUUCUUGUUGAAGCUGCUGCAAUCCAAUAUCAACAUCGUCCCAGGAGGUUUUGGAUUCGUCCCAGUCUUAUUCACGGAAGAAUAAAAUACAGCACAAUCGAGUUCAUGAAAGAUCUACUCUUGGAUGAAGUUGAUGACUUAAAUUUAGAGUAUAGAUUUGACGUUGGUUUUAGGAAUUAUUUUCGAAUGAAAAAUAGUGACUUUGACCUCAUCAAGAUAUAUCUAUUGCCCAAAUGAAAUGUUUGAUAAAGAAUAUGCAGACAAUGGAAAAGUAGUUCCGAGUUUGUGGAGACAAGAUACAUUAGUUUCUCAACUUUCUAACGAUUCUAGAGUUCCUAGGAAAAGCACCAAUGAAGCUCAGAAUAUUAUAUAUGAAUUAGCUGAAUAUUUUUGCUCGCCUCAAGGUGAACUGCAUUUUCAAUAUUCUGCAGUAAUAUUACUAGCAUAUCAGCAAUUUUGUUUUUAAUACCAUUUUCUAAUUUUCUAAUUCUGGAAAAAUGAAUAUAUUUAAUUGUUAUAUACAGUGUUAUAAUAAUGCCACUGAAGCAGUUAGCAAUAUUAAAUAUGUUAUUAACUGUAAUUUAUUAUUUAAAAAUAUAAUUGUAUAACAUAACUCUUGUUUUUAAUGAUACAAAAAACUUAUUGUUUCACCUCAAAAUACCACUGGGAAAAAAAUUUAAUAUUAAAAGAAUCAGUAGUAAUAGAGUAUCUAUCUUGAAUGAAUAUUACAAGAAUACAAAAUGGGUAUUAUACCAUUAUAGAAAAUUCAUGUAUCAGAUGAGCUACAGAUGAAAUGGAGAGCGAAAAUUACUGGCUACAUGCUCAUUUCAGCCCUUUAAUCUUUUUAACUAUAUAUCUUCACCUGUUGAAAAUAGAGACUAAAUUUUUCGAUAUCGUAUUUAUUAACGUACACGCACCCACGGAGGACAAAUCACAACAAGAAAAAGAUUUCUAUACUGAAAUAGAGCAACUACUAGAAGGGAUUAGUAAUAGUAAAAUAAAAAUUGUACUUGGAGACAUGAACGCCAAAAUAGGGAAAGAGAGGUCAUAUAGACCAACUAUUGGUACCCACAGUCUACACGACAUGACUAAUGACAAUGGCACAAAAAUUGUGGAUCUGGCUGUAGGGAAAGGUCUUAAAGUCAAGAGUACAAUGUUCCCGCAUAAGAACAUACAUAAAGGGACGUGGGUGUCGCCUGAUGGUAGGCACGUAAACCAAAUAGACCAUAUAUUAAUAAAUGAGAGAUUUGCCAAUAACAUAAUGGAUGUGAGAACAUACAGAGGAGCUGACUGCGACUCUGACCAUUUCCUAGUAGCUAGCAAACUUAGGGUUAAGCUAAAAACAAUGAGUAGGAAUGUGAGACCGGAAAUUGUCAGGUAUGAUGUUGAGAAACUCAGGGAUAGUAGGAAAGCUAAAGAGUUUCAAGAGAACUUAUAGAAAAUGGCGCGAGAAUUUAACUCAAAUCAUGAAACAGUAGAUGAGCAAUGGAAAAUAAUUAAACAUACCCUUGGAAAUGUGUCGGAGAAAGUUUUAAGGAAAGCUCAUAGAACGAAGAAACCAUGGUUUAAUGUGAUAUGCCAAGAAGCCCUGAAAAGAAGGAAAAUAGCAAGAGAAAGAUGGCUAAAUGAUGCUAGCAACCAGGAAAUAGAAAGAAUCUUUAGAGCUAAAAGGAAAGAAGCCCAUAACAUUUUUAGAUGUGAAAAGAGAAAGUAUGUUCAAAAUGUAAUAAGGGAGGCAGAACAAGAUUACAGAUCACACAAUACACGGCAGCUAUAUCACAAGGUAAAUAGCUUUAAAGGCGGAUGUAGAAAACAAGAAAAAUUUCUGAAAAAGGACUGUGGAAGCCUAGUGACGAACCAGGAAGAAAUAAUGGAGAAAUGGGCAGAAUACUUUGAAAAGCUACUCAAUUGUGAAGUACCAGUUGAUACAUUUACAUAUGGACAAAACGAACCCAAUGAUGACCCCUGCCCACCCCCGUCAAAGGAAGAAAUCGAACAACAGAUCAAAAGACUCAAAAACCACAAGUCACCCGGGGAAGAUGACCUUCAAGGGGAAAUUCUAAAGCAUGCGGACAGCUUCAUGAUAGAGAAUAUAUACUUGUUAAUAAAAGAAGUGUGGGAGACGGAAAUUUUACCGACAGAUUGGAGNGGGGGGGGGGGGACUAUCAAUGUGGAUUCAGGCAAAAUAGGUCAACGACAGACCAGAUAUUUAUAG